AUGUCCUUAAAGAAAGUGCAUAAAUUAUUAAAAUUAAGUUUUUAUUUUAUAUUAGCAACAGUAUAUCCAGAAUGUUUAUAAUAUGAGUAAUAAGAAGAAAUAGUAUAAUAUUUAAGUAAAAAAAUGAGUAGAACAUAUGCAAAAUUAUUCAGUUAAUUGCCUUAACCAAAGGACGAAAUAAUAAACUAUAUAAUAUUUUCAUUAGCAUAUAUAAAUCAUUAUUUGUUUUUUUUAUAUUUUCCAAAACAAAGAGAUUUAUUUGAUUUGCGUUUUAAAUUUAAUUGCUAUCAUAUUUUAAUUUUUGAAUUAAAUGGAAUUUUUGUAAGCGACUUUUAUAUAAUUUAAAGCAUUAAUAAAAUAUUUAAUAAAAAUAACUUUAGCAAAUAUGAUUAACUAAUCUAAAACUAAGAAUAAUAAAUAAAAUAACUUAAACCUCAAAACUUUUUCGGAUUUGAACUUUAAUAUAAUGAUGAUAAUAUAAAAAAAUUAAUAUCUGAUAAUUCUGAUGCUGAAUCUUUUUUUUCUAAAAUAAUUAAAAAAGAAAAAGUUGAUUAGAAAUAAGAUUAAUAAAUAUUUGAAAAAACAUAAUUAACAUCUGAUUCUGUAAUAGAUUCAUAAGCUUAAAAAAGAUUAGAAAAUAAUUAUUUUGGGAAUUUGUAAUUGAAUUGUAAUUAAAUAUCACCUUGCAUAUCAAAUAUAUUAUAAUAUGAAAAUAGAUAAUUACCAUUUGAAAAAAGAAAAUGA